UGGCCCAGCGGCGCCGCCAUCGCCUUCGUCUUCGCCUUCAGCUCAGUGGCUGCGUCGCGCGCGGCGAAGCGACUUCUCGGCGAAAGCUCCGACGUCCGCGUCGGCGUCGACGGCGUCGAGACAGGCGGACCGGCCGGCGGAGAGGAGUCGGCGACCACCAGAGACGGCGUGGUUCGUGACCUAGCCAAGUUCCCGCUCUGCGCGGGGCUUCGAGUGCCGGUCUCUGAAAAUGGAGUUUGGAGUCGAUAG